UUCCUGUGUGCAAAAGUUGGAGAUCAAGAAAAGUGGGAGGCAGAACAUUCAUCUGGCGUCAUCACGGCCAAGGAAAGAGAAGAUGUCUUCCGGACUUGCAGCACAAGAGGGCGUACACUUUCCAAACACAACAACUGACAGACUGGUCGUUUACAAGGACCAAGCAAGCGGACUCCUGAUGUGUGGUGGCAGGAUCCAGACAUUCAAAGAGGACGAUAGAGCUGUUCCCCUGUUACCUUUCCAGGCCUGGAUCUCCACUCUCCUAGCCCGAGAAGCACACAGUGAGGGGCAUGAAGGAGUGGCAGGAACUUUGCUGCGGAUGCGAAACAAAGCAUGGGUCAUCAGAGGAAGAAUUAUUGCCCAAAAAGUCGUUGACAAGUGUAUCGUUUGCAAGAAAGCUAAAGCAAGAACCUGUCAGCAAAUAAUGGGAGACUUACCUGAAGAGAGGACGAAUCCGGCUGCACCAUUUCAAUUCACGUCUGUCGACCUGUUCGGACCAUACCUAGUAAAAGAUGAUGUCAAGAGGAGAGUGAGCAUGAAAGUAUGGGGCGUACUCUUCUGCUGUAUGUCGAGUCGAGCUAUCCAUGUCGAACUGGCAAACACGCUAUCAACAGAGAGCUUUCUUCUUGCUUACCAGAGGUUCACUUCUGUCCGAGGGCAUCCUCAAAAGAUCUGGUCCGAUCCAGGCACGAACUUUAUUGGAGCAAAACCUGUCCUGGAAGAGAUGUAUACUUACCUGAGACAACAAAACAACGACUCACUUGAAGGAUAUGCUGGCAAGAAUGGUACCGACUGGACGUGGAGAAUCCUUCCAGCCGAUUCACCUCACCGAAAUGGCGCUGCUGAAGCUGCUGUAAAGAUCACUAAACGAGCUCUCCAAAGUCUUGGUAAAGGAGAAGGCCUUACCUUCAGUGAAUUCCUGACAGUGCUCAAGCUAGCUGCCAACCUUGCCAACGAAAGGCCCAUCGAUGCCAGAGUCCAGAGCCGUGAAGACCGUGUACGAUACAUCACUCCGAACACCCUGUUGCUUGGUCGAGCCACACAGAGUGGAGAUUUCAAGGCAUUUGACUACACCACUUACCCGUUCAAAAGGCUACAAGAAAUGCAAAUGCAAGUGAGCCACUUUUGGAAGUCCUGGAGCCAACUUGCAGGUCCCAACCUGUUCAUCCGCAACAAGUGGCAUACUGAAAAAAGGAACGUUGCCAUUGGAGACAUCGUCUGGCUCUGCGACCAGAAUGCACUGAGAGGGCAAUUCAAGCUAGCAAGAGUCAUCAGUGUGAAUGCAGAUCCCAAAGGCAUCGUCCGGGAUGUCCACGUGAAGGUCUCUCCGAGUGGGUGUGUCCAGGUAAAGACUCCGAAACCUGUGUCCGGAUCGAAGGAAAAGGAUUGCCAGGGUACCAUACUGCAUCGGGACGUGCGGCGUCUCAUCGUCCUCAUCCCAACAGAGGAUCAAGUCAACUAGCACCAGCUCGCCUGAGAAGUGCGAUCUUUCCAUGUCAUGCCAUGACGCAAAGAUCGAGUGGGAGGUGUUUCGCCGAUCUGCCGGGUAUUGCCUACGAGCGGGUGCAUGUGACGACGGGCUCGCAACUGCAUGCGCGCAACAGCGAGCGCACGGCUCCGCAGCGCACGGCUCCGCAACGCAUCAACAGGUGAUCACAAUCGCACUCAUUAGGAACGCACGGCAGAAACCCCGGAAACAAAAAUAAGAAGUGAGCAUUCAGUCAGUAGCUUGCAACGCAACAAACGGCAGCAGAAGAAACGAAAGCUGAAUAACCACAGGAGUAAAACACGCAUGGAAGCAGAAAGGAUCAAGGAGGCUACCGGUUUUUCACCUACAACGAC